AUGAAGUCAGUACUUGUAUGGACAGCCUUUGCGAUCCUGCAAGGCAUGCUCGUUGCGUCGGCGCCUGUUGGUCCCUCGGGCCCGUGUCCAGAUAUCAAGGUGGACGCCAUCCUCCGAGGCGAUAUGGAUCCAUCUGCGUGUUGCUCCUACGGCAACUGCAAAGGCGAUGUCGUCGUCUCUGUCGGCAAUUAG